GAAAGCGGCGCGGCGAGGAAAGGAACAGAAAGAGGGAGUUUUUGCAAAGUUGCAGCAGGCAUGGGAGCUCUGGCUCCACUUUCUCAUUGGAUUCCUGAAGAUGACCUUUUGCUUAAAAACUCCAUUGAGGCUGGUGCUUCUUUGGAAUCACUUGCAAAAGGUGCAGUUCAAUUUUCCCGGAGAUUUACGGUUCAAGAAUUGCAAGAUCGAUGGCAUGCUCUCCUUUAUGAUACAGUUGUUUCCGCUGAAGCAUCAGCACUCAUGAUUGAGUUUGACCACUCUGCAUCGACACCGAAAUGUAAUAGGUUUGAGAAUUCCAAGGAAAGUAAAAAAUCUGUUCUAAUGAAGAGAAAAAGUGAGAGUAUCCGCUCAUGUUAUUAUGCUAUGCGUAAGAGAAUCCAGAAUGACCCAUUUGACUCGAUGGAUAUGAAUUUUCUUGGUGGAGCUGGUAACAAUGACCAGCCUCAGUCUGUGGAUUGUGUAUUUAUAGAUUCAAUAAGAGAUACCUUUGGUAAUCAACAAUUAAAUGUUGACGUCAUAUGCAAUGGCAUUCUGGAACAUGGGCUUGAUGAUUCUGCCUGUGCUAGUGAUGGUGUUACUGCUUCUCCUUGUUUUCCGAUUGGACUCCGCAAUCAUAAUGGAGACAUUCCUCUUAGAAGCUUUAAUGCUCCUGAGGACUUCCAUAAUUCUGGUGAAGAAAGUGUUGCCCUUACUGAGAAUCAAAGCACUGUUGGAGAAUUGGGCCAAUUGAAAGAAUUGCGUGUUUGUGGAUUAUUUGAAGCUGAGGCUUUAGAACCUAAUUUGCCAUCUAUGACAGGUCAAUAUGGUGAUAAUUUGAUAAACUCUUCUGGAUUUGAAAGCCAGGUCUUUAACUCACCAGUUCCACAUUGUGGUUUGUCAUUUGACAACCUUGGUUAUUCACCUACUCCACCUGAAAUGCCAGAUUGGAGUACAAUUGGAGAUAUUUCUAUCCCAGCUCUGCCUGAUUUCGAGGAAGGACUGAAUGUACAGAAUACUUUUGCAGUUGCUAUUGAUGGCAGUACGAAUAAAACAGAUGCAUCAGGAUAUGGUGUUGUAAGUUCAAAGUCCAACUUGAGAGACGAUAUGUCAUGUGAUGAACUGACAAAUUCAGCACCUAGUACUGAUGACUACUUAGCAGAGUUGUCAAAAUCUUUGCUUAACUUUUCAGAUGAGGAAGAUCUAUUUGGUCCUGAUGGAAAUGAAACGAUCGAUAAGUCUUAUUUUGAUGGCUUGAGCUCACUUCUCUUGGAUUGUCCUGAUGGUGGAGGUGACAUGCCUGAUAAAGGUGUAUCGGAGGCUUCAAAUGCUCCAGACGAACGGCUUACUAUUCUUGAUGAUGCUUGUCCCAGAGAAUUCAGUGACAAAUGUGUGUACCAAUAUGGUGAUAAGCCUCUAGCUUCCAGUUCAGAGUUUCAAAUGCUAUCCUCCGCAUUAACUGUCAAUCCGGCUUUUCCUGAAAUGCGUGGUGGAGUUAUUUGUUGCACAUUAAGCUCUGAGGACCCAGAAGUUCCUAGCAAUGAUGAUGUUUUUCUUCCUGUUCGGAUGCCGUCAACAUCAUUUCCGUCUAUGGCACAUUGGAAAUAUGAUGAGACUUAUCAUCCAUUAUCCUCGUCUGUCAAAGAUUUGUCGAUUAAUCAAAGGACCAAUGAUGGACGAGCUGUCUUGAUGAAAAAUAACCAAAAUAGUCAUUCGGAAUACAGUACUUAUCAGAUGAUUGAGCCGCCGUCAAAAUCGGAAAUGUUCAAUAGUGAUCACAAAAUUAAGCAUGAGUUGCCCAACAAUAAUAACCAACAUGUUCUACGGAGGAAUCUGAACACUUCUGAUAGUCCAAGGCCAGUCAUUUCAGGAAAAUUUAGUGCAGUAAAUGCCUGUCAAGGAGCUAUUAAAGAAAAUAUGGCAAAGGAUGAACAUGGAAAAAGUCUCAGUUGGAAUUAUGCUGAUGCCUCCCAGUGCUUGGAGAAGAAAGCUAUUUGCACCAAGGAACACAGCAUGACCACCAUCCUUCAAAAGAAUGAACCUAUACUUGCUGAAACUGUCCUCGUGAAAACAACAAUCCCUGAAGCAAGUCCAAACAAUUUUUCAUCAGAUUCGGAAGAGUUUCUUUAUGAGAGUGAUGAGGACAUACCCUACUUUUCUGAUGUUGAAGCUCUGAUCCUUGAUAUGGAUUUGAGCCCAAAUGACCAGGAUAUAUAUUCUAGUAAGGGAGUCAAAUCGUAUCAGGUUGAAGAUCCUAGAACGAUCAUCAGGCUGGAGCAGGCUGAUCAUGCUUGUGAACGGAGAGAUAUUGCUGCACAUGGAGCAUUUGCUGUCUUAGCUGGCCAUCGCUCAAAGCAUUUUAUUAGAAAACCGGCGGUGCUACUGGGAAGAGCAUCUGCAGAUGUUAAAGUUGACAUCGACUUGGGCAGAGAAAGUCGCCAUAAUAAAAUUUCUAGACGACAGGCAAUUAUAAAGAUGGACAUGGGUGGACUAUUCCAUUUGCGGAACGUUGGAAAAUAUUCAAUUCAUGUGAACGGCAAAGAAGUACAUCCUAAACAGAGUCUAACCCUCACUUCUGGUUCCUUCAUUGAGGUAAGGGAUCUUACAUUUUCAUUUGAGAUUAAUCAAAGUGAAGUAAAGCGGUAUAUAGACAUCCUGAAGGAAAGCCAAAGUCAGGAUAUCAGAGCUUGAACAAUUCUCGAUGAGUCCAAGGAAGUGCUGUCUUUUAUCGUUGCACUUUCUGGAUAAUUUGUAACAUAUGCGUUCUGCUCUGUUUUCUUCCAUUUUAUUUUUCCAGUCCAACCCCCGAAUUGUAAAGAUGAUCGUCUAUUCACCGUAUGGAUGUCUGAGAAUUUUGAGAGUUUCCAAUAUUUAUAUGAUACGAGUGAAUGCAGUUUUACUCGA